UCUCCCUUUCUCCUCUUUGCUGUGCAGGUGUGUAAAAAUGUCUGCUCAUCUGCAGUGGAUGGUAAUCCGUAACUGCUCCAGCUUCCUCCUCAAGAGGAACGGGCAGACCUACAGCACGGAACCCAACAACCUUAAGUCCAGGAACUCUUUCCGCUUCAAUGGACUUGUCCACAGAAAGACUGUGGGCGUUGAGCCAGCAGCGGACGGAAAGGGAAUUGUUGUUGUCCUUAAGAAACGUGCAGGCCAGCGCAAACCCGCCACAUCUUACGAGAAGAUCACCGUCAACAAGAACUCGCGCGCAACUCUGAGCAGCCUGCGUCAUAUCAUCCGCAAGAACAAGUACAGGAAGGAUCUCCGCAUGGCUGCUCUGCGCCGUGCCAGCGCUCUCCUGAGGAGCCAGAAGCCAGUUGUUGUGAAGAAGAAGCGCACCAGAGCUGCCAAGACCGCAUAAAGACUCAGUAGAAAAAGUCAAUAAACAUUUGUUAAAAUAUAA